CGUCAGCGUAAUGGAAGUUCUGUCGCCAGGCAACAGACGUGUAUACACGAAUGAUAUACACCUGCUUUAUGUCACUACUGUACAAUAACGCUUGUAAAAGUUAAAGGACAAUUAAAAGUAAUAUUGUUCAACAUGCUGCUGAAAUAUCUGGGUGUCGUUAUGCCAGCGCAGGAGUUAGAAAACAGGGUGGUUAGCAUAGCAUGGUCACCAAACAACUUAAAACUAGCUGUGGCGUCCUCGGAUCGUUCCAUUUAUCUUUUUGACGAGAAUGGUGUGAAGCGUGAUAGAUUUUCUACCAAGCCUGUUGAUUCCAAGUUUGGCAAAAAGAGCUACAUGGUAAAGGGAAUAGCCUUCUCUCCAGAGUCAACAAAGAUUGCAGUUGGCCAAACCGAUUGCAUUGUAUACGUAUAUAAAAUAGGGGAGGAUUGGAACGACAAAAAGGUGAUUUGCAACAAGUUCAAACAAAGUGCCGCAGUGACUUGCCUGAUCUGGCCGGUGGAUGGCCCGAUUGUCGUGGGACUGGCGGAUGGGAAGGUCCGCGCGGCAAUGGUCAAGUCACAGAAGGCGCAAACCUUAUACACCUCCGACGCUAUGACGAUAGCUCUGGCUACCAACGUCCGCGGGACCGGCUUCCUGUCAAGCCACGCCGACGGCAGCAUUAUUCGAUACUACUUUGCUGAAGACGGCAGCGCGGAGUCGUCAGGACGCGUGUGCAUUCACGGAGUUCCAGCUUACGCCCUGGCGUGGCCGCAGUCGCACAUCCUGGCAGCGGGUUGCGACAAACGACUGACUAUGUACGAUCAAUACGGCAAACCGGUCAAGACCUUUGACUUCAGCCGGGACUCCCAAGAGAGAGAGAUCAUGGUAGCCUGCUGCAGCCCGAGUGGUCAAAGUGUCGCCGUGGGUUCCUGGGAUAAGGUGCGCAUCUUCGAUUGGACACCACGGAGAGGCGUCUGGGAAGAGACCAAUGUGCGCGACUUGCCCAACUUCUAUACCGUCACAGCACUCGCCUGGAGACGGGACGGUUCGAAGCUGGUGGUCGGUGGGCUAUGCGGCGGAGUCGAACAGUUUGAAACUAUUUUGAGGCGUACGGUAGUCCGCGGUAGUCACGAGGUCGCCUAUGUGGGUCCCAGCCAGGUGGUGAUCCGACCUCUGAACGACUCUUCGCAACGUCCCAUCAUUGUUAGAUCGCAGACGGGUCUAGAGAUUGAAGAUGUACGCGUUCUAGGGCGCAGGGAUAACAACGUGGUGGCUCGGACGGCACGUACUUUGUUGAUCGGCGACAUCGAACUGGGUCUCAUCAGCGAGAUUCCGUGGGAGGACCAGUCCGGCGGCGAAAAAUUCUUCUUUGAGUAUCCAGUCGUAUGCCUGAUCUUUUGCUCCGGUGAAUUGACGAUCGUCGAGUACGGGCAGAAUGAGGCGCUUGGCUCCGUACGAACAGAGGCGGUGAAUCCACACCUGGUCAGCGUGCGUGUCAACGAACGACCCUCGGUUGACGGAGACGACAAUAAAAAGCUAGCUUACCUGUUGGAUCCAAGAACUGUUCGCGUGAUCGACCUGCUAUCCGGUGCGACCAUCAGUAUGAUCGUCCACGACGCUCGUAUCGAUUGGCUAGAGCUGAGCGAGGCUGGUCACAGGCUGCUAUCGCGUGACAAGCGAGGUCGUCUUUGGCUGAGUGAUGAUACGGGUGACAAAGUCUUGUUGGUGACGGGGGCAUCUUUUGCAUCUUGGGUAACUGGUAGCGACGUUGUCGUUGCUCAGACAGGUCAAACCAUGGCUGUUUGGUACAACGUGGACGCGGCAGAAGCGGUUACGCUGACGCCAAUUAAGGGUGACAUAGUAGACAUCGUCCGAGAGGACGGUCGAACGUCUGUGAUGGUGGAGGAGCAUGGCACUAAGGUGGCAUACCUGCUGGACGAAGGACUGAUAGAGUUCGGCACUGCGCUGCAUGACAAUGACUUCGGCAGAGUCGUUCUGUUCCUAGAGAACAUGGGUGACGGUCCGCAAGUGGAGACCAUGUGGGAGAACGUGGCCAGAAACGCGAUGAGUGAAAGGAAUCUGGCUAUAGCUGCCAGGUGUUAUGCUGCGAUGGGCGACGUGGCACGCGCAAAGUUUCUGAAGGAGACUGCCGAGAUUGGUGAAAAGUACGCCAAAGAGACGGGCAGUGAACCACUGGCUAGUCCGGACUGCUGGGCCCGGCUAGCCAUACUGAAUGGUGACCUAAAAACUGCUGAGGCGAUUUAUUUGGAGCAGAAUGAGUUGGAGAAAGCGUUAGACAUGUAUCAGCGCUACUGGUGCUGGGAAGAUGCUCUAAACUUGGCCCAGAGUCGUAAUUGGAGUGGUCUAUCGGAGCUGCGGGACCGCCACUUGGCUUGGCUGCUAGAUAGUGGCCAAGCGGCCCGCGCGGCUUCCAUUAUAGAGACCACAAAUCCCAGAAGAGCUGUCAAGCUUUAUUUAGAGGCCCGCCGGCCCGGACGAGCCGCCAGGUUGAUACUUGCCGACAACGAGUUGCUGGAAGAUGAAAGAAUCGUCGAGGAGGUCAUCAGUGGCCUUAAAGCUACCGAUCUCGCGGAACUCGCUGGAGAACUACUGGAGAAAACCGGCGCCAGUUCCGAGGCGAUUAAAUGUUACGCUCAGGCUGGUGUCUUUGCCAGAGCCCUCGACUUAGCACGCAAAAUUGACCCCACUUUGGUGGUCGAGCUCGAAAGGGAUUGGGGAAAACAUCUGUCGGCAAAUGGUCAUUAUGACGCCGCUAUCAAUCACUUUAUCGAGGCAGGUGAGACGGUACUAGCAUUGAAGGCUGCUAUUAGCGCGCGACAGUGGAGAAAGGCUUUACAGAUUAUUCAGGUGAUUGAGGAUGAUGAUCCAGAGAUUCGUCAACAAUGUGAAAAACUGGCCGAAUACUUUUCGUCGAUCGGCGAACGGAGCUUGGCAGAGAGCCUUUUCAUUCGCGCCGAAAACGCCAGACGCGCCGUGGAGAUUCACGUACAGUCCGGCGACUGGAUGCGUGCGCACCAGGUGGCCCAAGAGCACAUGAAGAACGACGAGGCCAAUCAGGUGCUGGCAAAGCACGCCGAUAGCUUACAGCAGACCGGCGAGCUUCGUCACGCCGAGUCUCUCUAUGUCGCGAUCGGUGACCAUGACGCGGCAAUUGCUAUGUAUCGCAAAGCGGGAAACCGCAGCGACAUGAUCAGAUUGGUCGCACAGCACCGCCCAGAUUUACUUCAAACUACUCACAUGCACCUGGCAAGAGAGCUAGACGCAGCCGGCAAGCCGCGAGAAGCCGAAGAGCAUUUCCUAGGCGCCGGUGACUGGCGUGGAGCGGUUACAGCUUAUAGAUCUGCGAACAUGUGGGAGGAUGCGUUAAGAGUCGCGAAAAAAGCUUCAGGGGAAAAGGCAGCACAGCAGGUCGCUUUAAUGUGGGCCCGUACGUUGGCUCCGGAGCUAGGCGCGAGGCUCCUGAUGCGACUCGGUUACUUGGAGCCUUGCAUACAAUUGGCAUGUGACGCCAGUCUGUUCGACUGGGCCCUGGAAAUCACCAAGUACGGCACGCUGGAUCAAAAGAAAGAGGUUCACUAUCGUUAUGCAAUGGCGCUGGAGGACGAGGGCCGCUUUACGGAGGCCGAGAAGGAAUUCGUACAAGCCGGCAAGACUAUGGAAGCGGUGCAGAUGUACAUUCACAGCCGCGACUGGGAGUCCGCCGAGGACGUCGCGCAGUCGCACAGCCAGGAAGCAGUCGCACAGGUCUUGAUUGCCCGAGCUGCCGAGGCUGCUGAGAAUAAAGACUACGCUACAGCAGAAGCUUUUCUCUUGAGGGCUCACAAACCGGAGAUGAUAAUAGAGCAUUAUAAGAAUGCCGGAAUGUGGUCCGAGGCACUGCGAGUGUGUCGAGAGUAUUUGCCCAGUCAGGAAGCGACACUGCGCAGAGAGUUAGGUCAAAACAGCGCGGGACUGGACGGGGCAAACGCAUUGGAGGAAGCUCGGAAAUGGCUUGAUCUCGGGGAAGUGCGACCUGCUCUGGACACCUUAAUUCUGAAUCCGCAGGCGCCAAGAUCGUAUCUCAUUCGUGCGGCCGACAUCCUUCUGCAUCAAGCGGACCCCGAAACGGCGGCGGAAGUCGGUGGUGACCUAGGUGCACGUUUAUUCUCCAUUGGUGAACACGCGCUCGCCGCUCAGGUGUUCCUUCAGGCGGAUCGGUUGAAGGACGCGGUGAGUUCGUUGGUGGCGGUUGGCGAGUGGGAUCGCGCGCGACGAAUCGUCCGUGAGCUCGCUCCCGAUCUCGAGCCGUAUCUGGAAGAGAAGUACCGGGACGCUAUGGCGAACGAAAGCGAAAUGGAACGACUAGCGGAAGUGGACGGGAACGCCGCCCUCGAGAUGAUGGCGCGCAAGGGCCAGUGGAAUCAAGUCUUCGACGCCGCGAGCUCACAGGGUCCGGAGAUGCUGCACAGGUUUGUGGCACGGCGCGCUGCACAAUUGCUGAAGAACGACGCCGCGCCGCAGGCGCUGCAGCUUUACGCGCAGUACGGGGCACCGGCGAUUCCGCAAAAUUUUAAUCUCUAUCUGCAAUUGACAGAGAGCAUCCUGAACGCUGCGCAGCAGGAGUAUAGAUACUUGGCUCAACUGCGUGACGUGUUACACGAUCUCUAUCGCUCAUCAUCGUCCUCCGAGAGAUUCGAGCGUCUUCUGGAAGCCGCUCACCUUUCGGCGGUGAGACACGGCUGCCGUGCCUUUCCGGCGCUUUCUGGCCUUGCGGUCAAGACGUCUGUCAGUCUUCUGCGACACACCGACAUCCUUCACGCCGACAGAUACUACUACGAGGCCGGUAUCGCAGCCCGUACCGCCGGCCUCCUGAGCGAAGCCUUCGUCUUCCUCAAUCAUUUUCUCGAUCUGGAGGAGUGUAUCGAGGAGGAGGGCGACAGCAACGUCCUGGACGUGGACGAUCUACGUGUCACCGACUUUCCGCUGGAAGUCCCGCUUCCCGAAAGGGUCGGGAUCGCGGCGGAGCAACGCGAGGAGGCGAGAGAGUGGGUGCUAGCGGUGUCUAUGGACCAGAAGAUCGAGCAAGGUCUACCGGUCGACCAGAGGGGCGUCUACGUGGGCUCCCUGACGUCCCCGACGAACUCCGGCGCGCCUCUCCAGCAAUGCAUAAUCACGGGAUAUCCGGUGCGCGGGCCGAUCAUUAAAUUUGACGAAACCAGCCGCGUGGCUGAUCGCGACGACUGGACCAAGUUGAUUAACACGGCGAGACAGGCAUCCCCGGAAUCGCCGCUAAACGACAUUUUAGUGUUUCUUCAAGAUUGGUGCGGCACGGGACCCAAGUACUCGUUUUGAGAGGGGAAAAAACUUUUCAAUUUUUAUCGAAAGUUUUAAUGAACUUAGAGGGAUAGCAUGAAGAAUACGGGAAAUUAAAAGCAAACUUUGAAAAAAAAUGUGUAGAUAAGGUAAAAUAAAUAUGAUAAUAAGAAAUGUACCCCUUAUUUCAUUCGGUCGAGAUUUAAAUCGUUUCCAGAGACAUUGUAUUCCUUCAUUAAAAUUUCUAAUUAUUUCUCUAUAUAUUUUUAUAUUACUUUCUUCAAUAACGACUUUGAAAAGAAAGAACGAAGCGGGGUUAACUUGUCAAAUUAUCUCUCGUUAAUCUUUUUCUUUCAGUCAGACAGAACACUCGUUCUGUCGGGGACGGUUGGCUCAUGAAGGGAUUCGAGAGGGUGGGCAACCGCAGAUGAUAAUUAACCGCUUAGCAAAUAUGCUCAGCUUUGGCGCAUUCCAUAAGCCAAAAAGCCGCCCGUGGAAUUUGGCGGUUCAAAGUAACGCAAAUACACACGCGCACACACACGUGCGCGUAUUACGUACGCACGCGCGCGUCAUAUUGACUCGAAAUCGUAAACGGGCUUGAUACACGCCGCAGGAGACUCGCGCUGCCCGCCAUUGCUGAUGUUUAACAUCCGGCAGCGAUAGACACAGCAAAAACGUAUCAUUUGCACCAUGCCCUAUAAGAUAAUCUUUGUUUUUUUAUUAAUAAAAAGAGAAUUAAGAAAAAUGUUAAGAUAAUCAACACAGAAUAGUAUUAAUUAUAUUAUUAUUAAAAAAAAAACAACAAAUGUAUAUAUAAAUAUUAAUUUUAAAUACAUACAAAAAUAAAAUCUUUACUUAUUGCUAUUCUUGCUAAUGUGUCAUUAUUUAGAAUAAUGAAAUAUAUUGAGUGACGAAAAUUAAGGAAGUUAAAAGGCACGAUAAAAUUAUAUAUUUGUAAAAAUCUCACGGCACUUGAGAAUUAAGCAAACGUGAAUAUUCUGCAAACAAAUUUUACUUAAUGCGUGUUGUAUCUUGCAAGGCAAGAGUGCCUCGAAAGAAAUCUGCUCUGAAAGUUUUUUACAAAGUAAAAACCGAUAAAUACACGUAUAUACAAUGUAUCUUGCGGCUAUUACGUUAAUUCCCGCGAGGUCGACACCUUCGAUUUUCCGAUAAUUACCGCGUAAUGGCGCCUAUACAACUUUCAGAUGUUUUAAGCGGUCUAAAAAGACCGCCGCGGGGAAGAGAGGAAAAAAAAAGAGAGCAGCGAGAAAACGCGCCCCGUCCGUCGUUUUCUCGAUCCUCGCCUUCCGCCUCCUCCGGGAACUCCUCCGUGAAAGCGUUCGUUGAUCGCUGCCAUUAAACGCUCCGCGAUUAAUUUAAAUAAAUGCGCCGCCGUUAUGAACGGAGAACACUUACCUGUGAGGGAUGGGUGGAUAUUCAAAUGCGGACCCCUCCGCUGAAAAGUCACCGAGGACUAAUCUUCUGACGGAUCGCGGGAUUUCCUCCUAAAAUAUUCCUACGAAGAACUAUGGGGGCGACUUAAUUCCGGAAUUACGCGCCGGAGUCUUGCCGAUAGAAUAGAAGUUUACAUCAGGGUGACGUUGAAAAUAUCGAAUCGUUUUAGUCUUGUCCGCAGUUACUUAAUUUUUAUCCACGAGAAAUCAAAUGAGAGUCUGAAAAGUGUAAGAUUACACAGAAUUGUCACAUAUGGUCACGAUAAUAAACCAUCGAACAUUGUCUCGAAUUUUUAUAUACGUAUUACUGAAAAAUCUUGAACUUUUUCCGAUUUUAUCAGUUUUUUUUUUUUUUAAUUUAAAACAGAAUAGGAAAUCUUAAAAUAAAAGACAGGAAGAGAAGGAAACGAAAAAGAAAUUGACGAACAUACGUUAAAAAAUUGGUGUAUAUAAUAACAAUAAUAUAUAUAAUAUAUAUAACGUAUAUGCGCCUUGUAUACAUGAUUCUUAUUACAACAGAUUCAUUUUUAAUCUAGCCUAACCCAAACCGCACCAGAAUGAAAUUCAAGAGCGAUUGUUUGUAUAUAUAUUUAUAAUGUGUAUAUAUAAUUAUAAUAUUUUGUUCAUAAUAUAUUAACAUCUCUCGUCUUCUCCUUGCAACUUCCUUCAAUUCUUAACUAUCGUGCUUUAAAUUACAAAAAAUGGUUGUCCUAAAACCUUACACCCUCCGCUUCGUACUGGACGUCUUAAUUCUUUUCAUUUCGCGCCUAAAUUACGCUGGAAUAUAUUAUUUUUAAUAUUACUCUAAAUCUAUAUCUAUGUAACCUUUAAAAUGCAUAUUGAAAAACGUUUAAAAACGUGUUCAAAAUGUGACGUGUGUUGCACACAAAAAAUCCAAAUCUAUCAAACUUUCGGACAUUAACCCUUUCAGUACCAAAUAUUAAGAAUGUAUAUUAAGUAGAAUAUUAGAUAUAGUACAUCGAUAGAGCAGUAAAUGUGGAAGUUUCAACGAUUUCUCCUCACUCAUCUCGAACUCGUCACACGAGUUAUCGGAAGAGCUCUAGUUUCUGCUACCAUAAAAGACUUCAGGGCGAGACUGGAGCAAGUCCGUAAUUCGUAAAGGUCUACUUCAAGUUCGACUUUAUAUAUGUGGAAAUACACAAACAACGGACUCAAUCCACUUUCAUUGGGUGAGCUUUUCAUUCGACACUAUAGAACUGUGUUAACGCGCAGUUAACAUCGGAAAAACUCGUUUAGUUGAUUAAGAUAGCUGUUCCCCUUAUUUAACGCCGUAGAGCUACAUUGACGUUGCGGUUCACCGGGCCUUUAAUUAGCAGCGUAGAAUAACUAACGUUAUGAUGCUAAUCCUUCGUCUGGCGCUAUAGAAUCGUGUCGACGCUUCGUUUAACCCUUUGAGGGGCACAUUUUCUUCACUUGACGGAUUUCUGAAAAUCUUGUAUUUCUAUGUUUUGGGGUCGCUGAUUGCCAAUUUAAAAUCAGACUUCAAACAUUUUUAAUGACGGAUGCAAUAUGAUUGCACAUACGAGUAAAUUAGUGUACGUUUGAAAAAAAUGUAAAUCAGAUAUAAAGGUUUUUCAGAUCGUUAAUUACAAAUUUUAUAUCAAAACAAUUACAAAAGCUUUCGCAAAGUUAUGAACGUAGAUGAUCAAUGAUACACCUUUUAAUCCGUAACUUUUAAUCCGUUGAUGUUAUGCUUUUAACACAAGAAAAAAACCCGGCCCGUCUCACAAGACUGCGACCAGUAUAUUCUUGAAAAAUUUGGAAUCCCACAGUUUAGGUGCAAACCUACAGUUUUAAAUUUUACCUUCGUAGUAAACAAGUAAAUUUGUUUAUAAGAAAGAUCUAGCGCGUGAAAAAUUUUGGAAAACAUAGAUUUUUUGAAAGGUGAAGAAUAAUUAAAAUUUUUAACCUCUAACUUUAAAUAUUUUCUAGGAAACUACAUUCUUCGAAAAGAUAUCUCUUUUUCAAUUUUGUUCGCUUAUAAAUAAUUAGAUAUAAACAACUAAUUAUAAAAAUUGAUUGUAAACAAUAUAUCAGGAAAAUGUGAAUUAUACUUAUUUUAAACUGUAAACUGUACAUCGUAAAAAUAAAAGGGAAAAAGUGUCGGGUACACUGGACACUGCUCCGCAAAGGGUUAACGUCACUGUCUCUAUACGUCGUUUCACAUGAUGUCCUAAACGUGGAUCCAUAUACUCGAGGGAAAAUUAUAUAUAUAUAUAUUUUUUUUUUUUUACGCAUAUGUGAUGUGUUUAUACGGCGCGUGGAUACGGAAAGGGUUAGCGCCGUAUUUUCACCUUGAAAGAGAAAUUCACGGACAGAUAAUCGCGUGGCAGUUUCGAUUCUCGUCUCGCAUGGAGAGCUGCGGGACGAAGGAACUUGUUCAACAAGAGAGACACACCCGCGUGAUCACGGGGUCGCUACUGGACCGCAAGAGACGUGCGAUCUAGGGAAAGAGUUUGUCUCAUGAGAGCGCUGGCGCCGAGCGGUCGUUAGUCUUCGUCUUUCGUAGCUUCACCGUCGCGAAUAUGUUAGUCCUGAAAGGCGAUUAAUUGCAGUUAAUCGGGAUUUGAAAUGCGCAUCUGUAAUUGGACAAGCACAAACACGAUCGUGAACUGGAACUUUGGAAUUUUGAUGGCUUCCUAGUUCAAAAGCACACAAUGAAGACUUUUCGUUAGUACCCAAUCGUUUAUUUUAUGCUGUUUAAUGUCCCUUGUAGAACGAGCAAAUUCGAUCAAACUUGAUUAAUCUAACGAUGACUAGGUUUCUCGAGAUUCCCGUGCGUCUACAAAUAUUCGUAAACACACACAUUUGUAAAAUGACGACCAAUAUUGACCCAGCCAUCGUAUUCCACAGUUUGUUCUACAAUUUAAUUACAUUUAUUACAAGUAACAUUUAUUAAAAGCUUUCUCAAAUAUUGAAUUCAAAAAUGCAAAAUAAAAAA